UCUGGUCUUGUUCUGUCAGAUUUGUUUAUUUGUGUAGGUGAUGGUGUUUAGGAAGGUGCUGAGUGUUUCUGAUAAUUUCGUGGAUAAUCCUAGUGAUGAUAUUUAAAACAAUUUUAAGAACUGAAUCAAACAUUCAACAAUUUCAAAAUGAGUGUGUGGCAGACAGUUCCCGAAGAAAGGUCCUAUGGAAUAGCAAUAUAUAACUUCCAAGAAGAGGGUGAGUUCAAGCUGAAGCUCACUGUGGGAGAUGCUGUUCAUAUUAUAGAACAGGAGGAAAACUGGUACAUCGGCUAUGCGGUCUACAAUCGUCAUGUACAAGGAAUUUUUCCUAAAAAUUAUAUCCAUAUUAAGCCAUGUACCGUGGAUUUGAGUGGAUCUUUACCCAAUUUUGUGUUGAAAGAACCGCCCAUAGCACAAGAAAUUACUACGGUUUUAAGGGAAUGGAACAAUCAUUGGAAAAACCUUUAUGUGACACACAAUAAGAAUUUUGAACAAAUCAAAACCCAAAUAUAUGACUUGAUCAAUCAUAGAAGCAAAAUAAUAAGUGGUACUCUUCCUGUGGACGAACUGAAAAGGGUAACAAAAGAAGCUACUGAAGAUAUUGAUAUGGGAAAUAAGAUAUUGAAUUUAGAUCUAGCUGUGAGAGACAAUAACGGUAACCUCAUAAAUCCUGAAGAAACAAGUACAAUACAAUUAUAUUUCAAUCACAAAAAUGCUGUGGAUCGAAUGAGUAAAUGCAAGACUGAACAAAAUCAUCUACUUCCAAAAACCGCAAUACAGCAAUACUCGAAUAUAUUUUUGGUUGCUAUAAAAAAUUUCACUUGUAAAAUGAAUGAAGAUGCUCAACUACUCAUCACUUUAUAUGAUGGAAGAGAAUAUAAAAGUAUAACAGAAAAUUAUGUGGUCAGAUGGUCCAAGGAUGGUUUGAUGAGUGAUUUGGAUCAAAUGCAUAAUCUUAGAGUUAUGUUCACAGAUUUAGGUAAGAAAGAUUUAGAAAGAGAAAAAAUCUACUUGGUGUGUUACGUAGUAAGAGUUGGUGCUAUGGAAGUUAAAGAAGUAGAUCAUAGACGAAGUAGUAAUGCUACUACAUUUAACCGCAAAUCAUCUGCAGAUAACAUGAGAAGACCGUUUGGAGUAGCUGCAAUGGAAAUAACAAAAUUUAUGAAAGGUGGCCUCGAAAGCGAUUUUGACAAAGAGUACCCAAUACAGUUUGUCGGCUGUGAGAAAGAUAAUUUGGAGCAAACACUCAAAAAAAUCAUAAGCAAAGAUUUUGCCAAGAAUGAUAACAAGAAUCAAGCUCUAUUUGUCAGCAUGAAACUUUUGAGAGGAGAUCUCAAACAGGUUAGAGAAGAACAUCCUCAUUUGGUGUUGGGAAAUGUGUCCUUGGCUAGAAAAAUGGGUUUUCCUGAAGUGAUAUUACCUGGUGAUAUAAGGAAUGAUCUUUAUAUAACACUAGUAUCGGGGGAGUUUACUAAAGGCAAUAAAUCAAGUGACAAGAAUGUUGAAGUAACAGUUACAGUUUGUAAUGAGAAUGGGGGAGCAAUACCAGGCGUUAUCAGCUUAGGUGGCGGAGUUCUACCUAUGAACGAAUAUAAAUCUGUAAUAUAUUAUCAUGAAGAUAAACCACAAUGGUUCGAAACGUUCAAAGUUGCAAUACCUAUAGAAGAAUUCAAAACUAGUCAUUUGAAGUUCACAUUCAAGCACAGAUCUUCAAACGAAGCAAAAGACAAAAGUGAAAAACCAUUUGCUAUGUCUUUUGUUAGGUUGAUGGAAGAAAAUGGCACAACACUGAGUAAUGUUAAGCACAAUCUAAUCGUUUACAAGAUAGAUCAUAAAAAAUUUGAAGAUCAAAGAGUAGAGUAUUUGAAACUGGCUUCAAAUGAAACUGAAAUUAAAGAAGGGCCAAAAAUUCAAGUUUCAGGAUUGAGUGUUAGUGCUAAGGAUUACUUUAUAAUCUCCAGUAACAUAUGUUCAACAAAAUUGACUCAGAAUGUUAAACUUCUUGGUCUAUUGAAUUGGGCUGCAAAAAAAGAAUGUUUGAAUCAAACAUUGCAGUCUCUAAUGGAAGUGGAUGGAGAGGAGGUAGUUAAGCUACUGCAAGAUAUUUUAGAUGCCUUAUUCAACAUCUUAAUGGAUCAUCAAGAGACUGAUACCUAUGAUACAUUAGUUUUCGAAUGCCUUUUACAUAUCAUAAGCUUAGUUAGUAGUGAUUGGAAAUAUCAACAUUUUGAGCCUGUACUGGCUCUUUACAUUAAAGAAGGCUUCAGUGCUACAUUAGCUUAUAAGAAACUCAUAUCAGUAUUGAACAAAAUAAUAACCCGAUCUGUACAUACUAUUUCUAAAACUAGGGAUGAAUUAGUUUUUAAAACAAUGAAAUCUUUACAACAUGUGAUGAGAUUCAUAUCGAGAUCUAGAAUUUUAUAUCUUGAAGUGAACCCAGAAAUUAGCCCAGAAGACGAAUUUAGGGAUAGUUUAUUAGAACUUUUGGACAAUAUUAUACAUAUGAUGUCUUCCACUCAAGAUAGUAUGUUGAGAGAGCAAGGAGCAUGCCUGAAAUUUUUACCCUCCACAAUAAACGAUUUAUUGCUUGUUUUCAAUUAUAAAGAACUGAGUGAAAUCCUUUGUGAAAUGUUACGUAAGAUACCUGUAGGUAGAUUGACAAAACAGAAGAUGAUGACUGUAAAUGAUAUUGUACAUAGUCAAUUAUUUUUAUAUCCUGAAUGUAGAAGAAUAAUGCUUCCCGUAUUCACCGAACAAAUUAAAAUUUUAUUAGAGACUAAUGAAGAGGGAUUAGGUGUCAGACCAGAUGGCAGAAGGCAAAAUCGAUCGGUUGCUAAGGUAGCGCAGCUGUUGGGAACCACUCAGCAUUGUCUCAAUCAACAUAGAGGAUAUUCCGAAGAGGUGGAAUUAUGUAUAAAAAUACUCAGUGAUAUACUCAAAUUGUUGCAUAGAAAAAAUAUUGGUAACACAUUUGAUGAUAUACAAGAAAUUAUCAAAACAGAUUUGAGGACAGCUAUUCAAACUCACAUACAUAUGCAUAGGGAGAAUCCCCAUGAUGGAAAUUUAGUGGCUAUAAUGAUCGACAUAUUCAGACAAAUGACAGAAACCCAUUAUACAAAUUAUAUCAAUAAUUUCCAAACAAAAUAUGACAUAUUGGACUUUCUUAUGGAAAUCUUGGUAGUAUUUCAAGAACUGGUUAGCAAUCCUGUCUUUCCAACUGACUGGUGCGAAAUGAUUAUGCUACAAAAUAGUGUUAUUCUGAAAUCCCUUAGAUUUUUUUCUCAUACAAUCAGAGAUUACUAUUUUGAAAAAUUUGAAUACCAAGCCUGGAAUAAUUUUUUCCAUUGUGCCAUUGCUUUUAUGACUCAACCAGCUCUUCAACUUGAGGCUUUUUCGAACAGUAAAAGACUGAGAAUAAUCAAAAGAUACAAAGAUAUGAGAAGGGAAACUGGAUUUGAAAUACGAUCAAUGUGGUUCAAUUUGGGACAAUACAAAGCACAAUUUGUGCCUGGAUUAGUUGGACUUGUAUUAGAAAUGACCCUACUCCCAGAACCUGAAUUAAGGAAAGCAACAAUUCCUAUAUUUUUCGAUAUGAUGCAGUGUGAAUUUUAUUCGUCAAAAUACGUGCAUGAAGGAUACGGCGACACAAAAAGAGAUUCUUCUCAUGUGAAAGGAAAUUUCAAAAGCUUCGAAAAUGAAAUGAUAGCAAAAUUAGAUACAUUAGUUGAAGGUGGAAGAGGCGAUGAAGAAUAUAAAAACAUGUUUCACGACAUCUUGAGAGAUUUGUGUAGUCAGCAUACUACAAUGAAAGAAGAAGGGAUAAAAUUUGUUGAAACUGUUACAAAGCUAAUGGAAAGGCUACUGGAGUAUAGAUGUAUCAUUAUAGGUGAUAAUAAAGAGAAUAAGAUGAGUUGUACGGUUAAUUUACUAGAAUUCUAUUCUGAAAUAGAACGUCAAGAGAUGUAUAUAAGAUAUUUGAACAAAUUGUAUGAUCUGCAUUUAUCUUGCGAUAAUUUUACCGAAGCUGCUUUUACCUUGGAGCUGCAUGCUAAACUACUAAAUUGGUCUGAUAAAGAACUGGGAAUGUUACUUAAGAGCACAAGACAUGAGGAUUGUUCUACUCACAGGCAGUUAAAAGAAACUCUUUACUACAACAUAAUUGACAAUUAUGAUAAGGGCAAAAUGUGGGAGUGUGCAAUUCAAAAAUGCCAUGAGUUGGCUAAGCAGUAUGAAGAAGAAACUUUUGAUUAUGAACAACUCUCAAACAUUUACAAGAGAAUAGCAACUUUCUAUGAUGACAUAAUCAAAAAUGUUAGAUUAGAACCAGAAUACUUCAGGGUUGGCUAUUAUGGAAAAGGAUUUCCCCAAUUUUUGCAAAACAAUGUAUUGAUUUAUAGAGGUAAAGAAUAUGAGAGACUAGCAGAUUUCAACAGUAGAAUACUGAACGAAUUUCCUAAAGCUGAGUUGUUAAAUAAACUUACACCACCUGGACCAGACAUUACCGAAUCAGAUAAACAAUAUAUUCAAAUAAAUAAAGUGGAUCCAGUUAUGGAUGAGUCCAAGCAAAAACGUUUAUCUGGAAAACCUUUGUCAGAACAAAUACUCAAAUACUAUCAAGUGAAUAAUAUAAGGAAAUUUACAUUUUCCAGACCAUUAACAAGGAAAGAUCCAAAUCUGGAAAUAGAUAACGAGUUUGCCAGUUUAUGGUUGGAAAGAACUGAACUGAUAAUAUCGCAUCCUUUGCCUGGUAUUUUGAGGUGGUUUCCUAUAAUAAAUGUGGAGGUUCAUGAAAUUUCUCCUCUUCUUUAUGCCAUCGAAACUAUUGAGAAAGCGAAUAGGAAACUACGUAAUUAUAUUGUGAUUUAUAAUAGGGACAGAAAUAUUCAAAUAAAUCCUUUGAGUCUCACUUUGACAGGUAUAUUAUAUCCUAAUGUAAUGGGCGGCAUAAAGAAUUAUGAAGAGACCUUUUUCACAGAAGCAUACAGUCUACAUAACCCACAAGACGAGCAUUUAGUACAAAAAUUAAAGGAUUUGAUAGCAAAUCAAAUCCCGCUUCUAGAAUUAUGUGUUCAAAUUCAUAAAGAUUGUAUUCCUAGUAUAUUACAACCUCUGCAAGACAAACUGGAAAGUCGAUUCACCUUGAUGAAAGAAGAUGUGGUGAAAAAAUAUGGAAAAGCGAUUUCUGAUAUUAAAAUUGAAAAUUCAGUAACAAUGAGGAAACAGUCUGCUAGAACAAAUCAUCUCAAUACUGACAUAUCAUCUGUAAACGAUUCUUUUGGAGGUCGUAGUCGAGUAUCAAGCCUCACGAGAAACCAAGUAACGUCAUUAAAACAAUUAACGUCUAGUUUUAAUUUCUCAAAUUCUCCUACAUCCAACAGAAAAAAUCAUUUCAUUAGCAGAUCUGCUAACAGCACGAAGAGUCUACUUUCUCCAAGCAAGAAUACAACACCCACACCAUCUCUGACACAUAAGAAGUCACAUAAAACACCAAAAGAAAAGAGGAGAUCUAGUAAAUCUGAAAUUCAUAGUCCAAUAGGAAAUGGUACCCAAUGGUAUACAGGUGACAACGAAAUAAAUAAUUCAACAAAUGGAAUGGCUCCAUUUGAACUUACACAAGAGCUCACUCCAAAACGGCCUCUGCGUUCAGAAGUUGAGAGGGAAAAGAGAUUGAGCCGACCUCCAAGUGGUCAAUUUGGAAGACCAAUUAGCACGAAUUCGAUCUUGAGAGGAGCAAGUAGUUCUGGGGCUAGUAGCAAUAGGGAUUCUGUUGGCACCACAGAUUCAAGUAUAAGUGAAGAAGAUAUUAUUCCACCCCCAAUUCCAAUCAAACUGAGGAGUGAAAUCAACAGUGAUUACUGCAACCUUGAAAAUUCUAGUUUCUUGUAUUCUUCUCGUAAUUCAACCAGAAACACGAUAAACAAUAUCCAACUUCCUGUAGUGUCCGACUCACAAAGUGAUAAUGAUGUGCCACCUAUACCACCACCAAAACCUCCCAAAAAUAAGACUAAAAGUGUUAUUUUAUAGUAAAAAAUUCACGUAAUACUUACCAAAGAGAAGAUUUAAGAAAAUAUUUUCAUGAAUCAAAAUUUUAUUAUGUAUGUAUGUAUAUAUAUAUUUUCCUUAUUAAUUUUUCAAGGAAAGAUAUUUUACAGCCUGAAUGCAUUUGCUUAAUAAUAUAAUAAAUGGAGUUGUUUUCAAUGACAACUUAUUUUUAUCAGAUAAUGUGCUAAAUGCCUGUUAUGAAAACAAAAUAUUUUAUAAGUUUUUGUUACCAUAAGUGCCAUGUUUUUGAUAGAUCAUGUAAACAUUUCUAUUUAUUACUAGGUAUUUAAAUUAAUAACAGUUAAUCAUCUGAAAGAAAAAUUGCCAAAGAUAAAUGAUUUUUAAUAAAUAUUCUAUAUAAUUAAUAA